AUGGAACCUGCAGGACUGGUGGUUGUAGGAGCCAGGGAUGGGCUUCCAGGAGCCACAGUGGGCAAUCGAGAAGUGGGAAUGGCUGCAGUUGGACUAACACUUGGUGAAUCAGGUGUCACAGUGGGGACAGAACCAGAGGGAGUCACAGUGGUAGGAGCCAGGGAUGGACUUCCAGGAGUCACAGUUGGUACAUUUGGGUUGGCUGCAGUUGGACUGACACUGGGGGAUCCUGGUGUCACAGUGGGUAUUGAAGCAGUGGGAGUGACGGCUAUUGGUGCACCUGAAGGGUUUUCAGGAGUCACAGUUGGUGAUCCAGCAUUAGGACUGCCACUUGGAGAACCAGGAGUCCCAGUUGGCAGAUCAACGAAAGGGCUGGGUGUGGUCGGAGCCGCAGAAGGGCUUCCAGGAGUCACCGUGGGUAUUCCGGUUGUUGGGCUGGUAUUUGGAGAGUUCGUAGUAAUGGGGGCAGGAGCUGUGGGACUUUCAGUUGUUGUUGGUGUAGAGGGGCUUCCGGGAGUCACUGUUGGUGUUGCAGUUGUGGGAGUGCCUGUUGUUGGACUAACAUUGGGAGAGCCUGCAGAAACAGUUGGGACAGGAGUGGUGGGACUGCUCGUGGUUGGUGUUGCAGAGGGGCUUCCAGGAGUCACUGUUGGUGUUGCAGUUGUGGGAGUGCAGUUGUCUGACUAA